CUGCUGCGCAAGUAUAUUGUGUACGCGAGAGAUCGGGUUCGACCAAAACUGGCCAAAUUUGACCAGGAGAAGGUCUCCAAACUGUACUCAGAACUCCGGAGGGAAUCACUGCUCACCGGUUCCAUACCAAUCACUGUCCGCCACAUCGAGAGUAUCAUCCGAUGCGCUGAAUCGCACGCGAGAAUGCAUUUAAGAGACGCUGUGGGCGAUCAGGACUUAAACGUUUCCAUUCAGGUGGUCCUCGAGAGCUUCAUUGACACUCAAAAGUAUAGUGUCAUGAAAUCAAUGACUAAAACGUUUAGUCGAUACUUCCAGCGCUCGAACACUGAACUGCUGUUCACAAUAUUGCGCCAAAUGGUUCACGAAGAGCUGUCACUCACCCGCAGCCGUAUGACUGCCGGCGCUCUCAUCGAAAAGGUCGCGAUUAGCGAAAAAGAGUUCGCCAAUAAGGCCCGACAACUAGAUAUUCAACACUUGCGACACUUUUACGACAGCCGGGCGUUCGCUCUCCAGAACUAUCACUUCGAU